AUCACAAGUUGAGACCAAUGAAGGCAACACGGAGUGAUGAUCCAGCUGCCUCACCGAGGACAUGGGCUCAAGUGACGGUCAACACUGAAACACCACCUCGGGGGUGGGGGGCCCUCAAAGUACGCUGGAACUUUCCUCCCCCGCCUCAAUGUGAGCCAUGUCCAAGAGCCUGAAGAGGAAGAAGAACCACUGGAGCGACAAAGUCCAUGAGAGCGUUCUUGGCCGGAGCGCGGAGGGGGAGCUGCUGACUCCGGAGCUGAGGGGCGGCGCGGAGCAUGGACAGUUCCCGCUUGUGGGCGAGCUUCCCCCCGGUGGCGCUCCAUGCCUCAGCGGCAGCUUCCUCCUGCAGGGCGAGCUACUGCUGGAAGUGAACGACACCCCGGUGGCAGGACUCACCAGCCGGGACGUGCAGGCGGUGGUGAAGCACAGCAAGGAGCCGGUGAGACUCAAGUGUGUCAAACAAGGAGGCGUGAUCAACAAGGACCUGUGCCGCUACCUCAGCCUGCGCUUCCAGAAGGGCUCGGUGGACCACGAGCUGCAGCAGAUCAUUCGGGACAACCUCUACCUGCGCACCGUCCCCUGCACGACCAGGCAGCCCAAGGAAGGAGAGGUCCCGGGAGUGGAUUAUAAUUUUGUGACCGUUGAGCGGUUUCUGGAAUUGGAAAAAAGCGGCGCCUUGCUUGAGAGCGGAACCUAUGAAGAUAACUUUUAUGGCACCCCCAAGCCCCCCGCCGAGCCCAGCGCUCCGCCACUAAAUGUAACAGACCAGCUGCUGCCGGGCGCCAGACCCAGCUCCGAGGGCAAGCGCAAGCGGAACAAGUCGGUCAGCGACAUGGAGAAAGCCAGCAUCGAGCCGCCAGAGGACGAGGAGGAGGAGAGGCCCGUCGUCAACGGCAACAGCAUCACCCUCACCCCAGAGUCAAGCGAACAUGAGGACAAGAGCACUUUGGGGGAUGCUUUGCCCCCGCCGGGCAACAUGGCCGACGUCCCCACCGAGGCGCCCAAUGACCCGACACAGUCCCCGAAAAUACUCCCCAAUUUGGAGGCCAAUGACGAGUUGGGGCCGCUGCCGGACAACUGGGAGAUGGCGUACACGGAGAAAGGAGAAGUCUACUUCAUAGACCACAACACCAAGACCACGUCGUGGUUGGACCCGAGGCUCGCCAAGAAGGCCAAGCCGCCCGAGGAGUGCAAAGAGGAUGAGCUUCCAUAUGGCUGGGAGAAAAUUGAGGACCCAAUCUACGGCAGCUACUAUGUGGACCAUAUAAAUAGAAGGACCCAGUUUGAGAACCCGGUUCUGGAGGCCAAGAGGAGACUCCAGCAGCAGCAGCAGAUGCAAAGCCAGGGUCUGUCCUCGCUUCCGCUUCCUGCCAUCUACAGAGUAGAAGAUGCCAGCCCCUGUGCCACCCUCCCCAGAUCCUACCCACCGCAGGUGGGCCCGGCAUCGGCGCCGGAGCGGAGCCACAGCCUGGGCGACCUCUCCUCCUCCCGCUCGCCGCCCGUCCUACGGCGGGCGGCCUCGCCGUUCGCCUCCGCCGACAUCUCCCCGCUGCGGCACGUCCUCACCCGCCGGAUGAACAUGAGCCCCCGGAGGCCGCCGCUUCCUCAUCUCCGCACUGCCCGUAGCCCCUCCCCGCUAUGGCGUUGUGUCAAGAAGCCGUUGUUCACGCGCGACCCCACCCAGCUGAAAGGCAGCUUCCUGUCCACGGCGCUCCAGAAGAGCAACAUGGGCUUCGGCUUCACCAUCAUCGGAGGCGACGAGCCCGACGAGUUCCUCCAGGUGAAGAGUGUCAUCCCGGACGGGCCGGCCGCCGCUGACGCAAAGAUGGCCACAGGCGACGUCAUCGUCUACAUCAAUGACGUCUGCGUCCUGGGUACCACCCACGCCGACGUGGUCAAACUGUUCCAGUCGGUGCCAAUUGGGCAAAGCGUGACGUUGGUUCUGUGCCGAGGGUACCCGCUGCCGUACGAGGCCGAGGAGAACAGCAGCAACAACACCGCCAUCAUCUCCCCGCUGGGCAUCAUGGAGCAGCGCCCCAUCGUGGUCAACGGUCGCUCCGGAUACGACAACUACCUGGACUACAUUUCCCGCACGGCCCGCUUCGUUCCGGACCCCAGCCAGGACCACGCCCAGCAGCAGCAGCUCCUCCCCCCUCACCCGGGCGACACCCACUUGGACGGCUCGCUCGCCUCCGCCGCCACGCCUCCCGACAGCGUCUCCGUGUCGUCGGGGGCGACGCAAGGCGAGCUGCUGACGCUCACCAUGGUGAAGGGCGCCGACGGGUUCGGCUUCACAAUUGCCGACAGCGCCGCGGGCCAGCGGGUCAAGCAGGUUCUGGAGCCGCAAGGCUGCCCCGGGUUGAGCGAGGGAGACCUGAUUGUGGAGAUCAACAAGCAGGCGGUGCACGGAUUCACGCAUGCGCAGGUCGUGGAGAUGCUCAAGGAGUGUGCGGUCGGCGCCGACACCUGUCUGCUGGUCCAGAGAGGGGCAGCAGGUCAUUAUUCCCCGUGGAAGAGCAGCAAGCAGGUGUCGGAGCCGUGGGAGACCCCGCCGGGGCUCAGCGGUCCCUCUCAGACCAGCCUGUCAGGCCCCCUUAUGCCCCACGGCGCCCCCAACCACCACCCCCUCCACAGAGCCUCGGUGCCUUCGGACUCUGCCUGUGAGGCUGUGUCCAAACAAGCAGAACCUUUAGUCCUGUAUGAAAAGUCCAGGGCGGACUAUGAGAAACCAGCCGGCCCGCCGAGGACAACCUUCCCCGCCGACUCCUCCUCCCCCUCAGGGACCGAGUACCAGGACAUGGAGGUCCACCUGCGCAGGCAGAAGUCCGGCUUCGGGUUCAGGGUCCUGGGCGGGGACGAGGCGGGGCAGUCAGUGAGUCCGGAGACACGUGAGAAGCAGAUCUUAAUUGGCGCCAUCAUCGAGAAGAGCCCGGCGGACCUGGACGGACGCCUGCGGCCCGGCGACGAGCUCCUCUUUGUAGACGGCAUUCCUGUGGUGGGGAAGCCCCAUCGCUACGUCAUCGACCUGAUGCACGGGGCGGCGCGGAACGGCCAAGUCAAUCUUGUCAUCAGGAGGAGGGCGCAGGCUGCAGGCGACUCGUGUCAGGAGAACGGUCGCCAUUCGGGCUCGGUGUCCACGCAGCACAGCUCGCCGCGUAGCGACUUCACGUACGCCAACAGUACCGGGACCACCCGGGCAGGGGGCGCCGCUGCGGCCUCCGACACAAACACGCAACCGAGCGACGUCCUCAUCCACCGGAAGGAGAGCGAAGGCUUCGGAUUUGUCAUCAUCAGCUCCCUCAACCGACCCGAGGCGCCCGCCGCCAACCCUGUGCCUCACAAGAUCGGACGAAUCAUCGAGGGCAGCCCGGCCGACCGCUGCGGGAAGCUGAAGGUGGGAGAUCGCAUCCUGGCCGUCAACGCUCAGUCCAUCGUCAGCAUGCCGCACGCGGACAUCGUCAAGCUCAUCAAGGACGCCGGACUCAGCGUCACCCUGAGGAUCAUCCCACAGGACGAGGUCAGCAACCCCCCAUCAGCCUCCACCUCCGAGAAGCAGAGCCCCCUGACGCAGCAGAACAGCCCCAAGUCGCAGCAGCCCGGCAGCGGCGUGGCCUCGCAGCCCGGCCCGGGUGUCCAGAGUCCAGAGUCCACCACCAAAGCCCACCAGAGUCCUGGCACCCAGCUGCCCGUCCCCCCACCCCAGACCACCUACGCCCACGAGGGCAGUUACAGGUCGGAGGUCAAAGCCAGGCAAGACGUCAAACCCGACAUCUGCCAGCCGACCUUCACCGACUACCGACAGCCGCCGGUGGACUACCGGCACCCCCCGGUGGCCGACUACAGAGCUCCGCCCACGCUGGACUACCGGCACCCGCCGCUGUUAGACUACCGGACCCAGUUUGCCAUCCCGGACUACAGGAUGCCGCCAGUCCAACUGUCGCAGGACUUUGACUUCUUCACGGUAGAGCUGGAGAAAAGCGUGAAAGGCUUCGGGUUUAGCAUCCGAGGAGGUCGGGAGUACAAGAUGGACCUGUUUGUCCUCAGACUGGCCGAGGACGGGCCGGCCGUCCGCAACGGGAGGAUGAGGGUUGGAGACCAGAUCAUCGAGAUCAACGGCGAGACCACCAGAGACAUGACCCACGGCCGCGCCAUCGAGCUGAUCAAGUCCGGAGGCAGGCGGGUGCGUCUUCUUCUCAAGCGGGGAACGGGCCAGGUGCCGGAGUACGACAAUAACGCCUCAUGGGAUGCUCGCCCUGCAGCCUCUCCAAGCCUGUCGGAAGUAGCCCCGCCCCCUGACGGCCUUCCCACGACAUCGCCUACAUCCCACCCGGCCGCCUCCCCGGACCCGCCUCACUCGGACAAGGCCGAGGCGCUCCAGAGAGACGAUCCCGUCAAGAGAGCGGCCGCCGGGGGGGAAGGUGGCAGGUCCACCCUCAAGGGGCACAUGGUGCUGCCCCCUGCUGAAGGGGAGGAGCUUAAAAGCACCACGGGGAGGAAGCAUCCGCAUGCCAACGGGAGAAGCAAGGAAGACGUGGUGCCCGGACUGAAAGACAAGAUGGACUUGGCAGAAACCUGGUCCAGUAAGGGUGCCGGUGGAGCGGGGAGGAAGUCCACCUUCUCCCCUGGACCCUGGAAGAUCCCUGGAUCGGACAAGCUGCCCAGCACUCUGCGGGCGGGAGCGUCCACGCUCAGCAGAUAACCCGACUUCCCCGACAUCGAUCCACGUCUUAUUUAUGAGACUGUUUGCUAAAUUAUUUGACACCCUCCACCUUAAAAACUGGAAUCUCCCACCGACCGCAGCUGGACUCACAACCAAUCAGAUGUCAGCAGCUGAUUUUUAUAUUCAACAGUACAUAGAAAAAUACAUAGCGGGACACCGUGCGGUCUUUUUUAGUACUAUUGGACUUUGCCUUAAGGGGAGCAACAAUCAGAAGAAAUGUACGGAAGAUCUUCUUGAAUUCAUUGAUUAGCUAUCGGAUGGACGAUGUGGAGGGGGGUGGGGGCAGAGAGUGCCUUAGAGGGACACUUGGAGGGUGUUAAAAGGCUGCUAUGACGAUACUAAACUCCGUACUGUGAAAUGCAUUUUGGUUUCACUACACGUCCUUACGUGAUCCUUGUGCAAGGUUUUUUUUUCUAAAAACGCCAAACUAGGUUCUCUUUGGAAGCAUCGCUCUCGAACGUUUUCGUAAGUGUUCACCACGGUCGCCAUGGCGACGUGUCGGACCUUCAAGCACAACCAGGAAGUGUGAUCCGAGCACAUUUGUGUGUCAGCAGGACUUCUCAUUUUUCUUCUUCUUCAUUCUGUUGGCACCAAAAACCAAAACGUGCACAUCCGUGUGCGCAUAUGUACUGUAUGUGUGUGUGUGUGUUUACGCACAGCUCAGAAUCACUGUGUGGUGUAAAAAAAAAUGUAAAAACAACAGAACUCCAGUGUGGAAAGGACUUCUCACGUGGUCACUAAUUAUUGUAGGAACGUGAAGCGACUAUUUUUAUGAUGAAAUGCAGCACUAUAAAUAUAUUAACUUGUUUUUUCAGAAAUCUUGUUUACCUGUAUGAUAAUCUGACAAAUAAAACAUUGACACAACACGAAA